AUGCCAAAAAAACGUUUUAAAAAUGAUAAUAUCGGUUCAGAAUUAACUUUGAGAAAAUAUGAUAUUGAAACAUCAAGUACUAGAUCGAAUUCUGUUAACGACAGCAAAACUAGAAAUAAAAAGAAUUUAAAUAAAACCAAGGUUACUUUUAUUGAAGAAGACGAUCAAAUAGAUUUGCAAAGUCAGGAUUCUGAAACUUUAUUUGAUUCGGAUGAAGCGGAAGGAGAAGUAAAUCGCACAGGAAAUGUACCAAUCGAUUGGUACAACGAUGAAAACCAUAUAGGAUACACUGUUGAGGGGAAGAGGUUGGUGAAGGAGUUGGAUUCUACACAGCUGGGACAGCUAAUUUUUAAUUCCGAUAACCCUGAUUCUUGGAGAACUAUCGUAGAUCCUAAAAACAAUAGAACAAUAAGACUAUCGGAUGAUGAUUUGAAGAUCAUUCGAAGGAUUAGGAAAGGGAUGUACCCCUCAGAAACAUAUGACGCCGAAGGACUAACGAUAGAGUUUGAUAACAAGGAUGCGAAGCAACCAGUAUCAUUUGAACUUGAGCCAAAGGCAAGAUUCUUACCAUCAAAAUGGGAGGCAAUGAAAGUGGCAAGGCUGGUGAAGCUGAUCAAAUCAGGGAAGAUAUUUACAUUGGAACAGAGAAGGCUGAAUGAACAGAAAAUGAUGGAGGAGUGGGAAAGAGUGGAAGACAUAUGGAAGGACGCAAUAUACGACGUGGACCCGACGAGCGCUAAAAGAAGCUCGAAAAAUGAAAUAAAACCGCCUAAAACAGAACUGCCAACACAUUCAGAGUCAUAUAACCCGCCGGAAGAGUAUCUGUUUAACGAAGAGGAGAAGAAGGAUUGGAUUGAGACGGAGCCUCAUGAAAGGAAGAUGAAUUACAUGCCAAAUAAAUAUGAGUCACUCAGAGCAGUGCCAGUAUACGAGAAUUUGAUAGUGGAGAGGUUUACGAGGUGCCUGCAGCUGCUGAUGUGCCCGAGAGCAGUGAAGAUGAAGAUGAACGUGGACCCAGAAUCGCUACUGCCGAAGCUACCAAGUCCAUCAGAAUUGGGGCCGUUCCCGAAGAAAGAAAGCGUAGAGUACAGAUUCGAAGGAUUGAAGAAACUGACUGAGUACAGAACAGGAAGAUACGUUGCUCUGGCAACUUCGGAGAUAGUGCGUAUAUGUGACGUGAUCACAGGGUGUGCAUUCAUGAAGCUGGAGUUUAGCGAAAUCAACGACAUGCUGUGGCACCCGAAGUUGCCAAUAAUAGUAGUAGCACACGAAAGUAAAGUGACAAUACUGCCGUUAAAUCUGCCAAAUAAGAGCGGCUCUAAGGAAGAAAAUGAAGAAGAUGAGUAUGAAAAGGCAAGAAACUACUUAAGUAUGGGAUCAGAUAAAAAUAACUGGAAAGUAUAUAAGAAGGGUGAAUACGAAGGGAUAAGUAUUCAACAUCCACAUCCAGUGAGGAAUAUGGCAGUACACCCAGGAGGAAACUACAUUGUAUGUGUCUCACCAGAGUCGGUGGAAAGCAUAAACCAGUGUGUGCUGCACUGCAUACCGAAGAAGAGCUCAAUGAGACUAGGAAACAAAAUAUCGAACAAUAGAAUUAAACUGGCAAUGUUUCACCCAAGUGAACCGAAGCUGAUAGUUGCGUUUACGAGGAACAUCAGACUGUAUAACCUCUCAACAACAGGGUCAAACGAUAAAUUGAAUGAUGAGUCUAAGUUUACUGGAGUGGAGUUGCCAGUGUCGAUGGACACUAACGGAACGUAUUUACUGACAGGAGACGAGGAAGGGAAACUGACAAUAUAUGACCAGGAAAUAUCGUCGUUCCCGUACAAGACGUUCAGCUUUGAAAACGAAAAGGUGAUUAAGGUUCAAAUACACAAGAAACUACCGUUGGCAUUAGUAGCGUAUCGCAAGAGCAUAAAAUGUUUCCAUAUAAGCACGAACAAAGAUGGAGAAAUACUGUUUGUGCCUCUGAACGAGUUGAAAAUGGAUGGCAUACUAUCGGAUUGUAAUUGGCAUAACAGAGAGCCCUGGCUAUACACAUGUACAAAUAAAAAGGGCCUUCUAUGGAUGGCAAAAUUAAUAAGUGAUUAUUAUAAUUAUGAUGAUGAAAUAGAAGAAAAGAACAGAAAUUUCAAAUCAUUGUUAAAUAAAUAUCAAUCACUGAUAUCAGAAUACCAUAAACAGGCAAACGAAUCGAAGGUAUCAAUAGGAAUUCUAGUUAACAGAGCAGAAAAGUUAAAUGAAGAAAACAAAAAACUACAAAGCGAAAACAUGUAUUUAAAAAAGAGAAUUAACUAUAUGGCAAACAGAAUGGAUUCACUAGAGUGUAUGAUUGGAGAUACAAGGUGUAUGAGAGGUUGCAAUGGAAGACAUAAUGAAUAUCAAAAAUACGAUUUGAAAUCAACAUACCCAAAUGUGGAUUAG